GGCGGUUCAUUCAAAAUGGCGGCGGUGACAACAAACCCGCACAAAACGGGGAUUUUUUGGAUGGAAAACGUGACAGAUGAAGAACAGCCUCUGGUGUUUGUUUCUGGUUUGAACCGAGGGGCUCCUUUUGUGUCUGGACCUCACGGCACCGAGAAAAGAGGAACCAGACCAGAGCGGACGCAGACGCAGGCGGUGAGGGGGAGAUCAGGAGGUCAGAAGCCCAGGCACAGGGAGCGUUCAGGGGGCAGCAGCUCAGAGAAAGUCCCCGUCUCUGCACCGGACCCAGAGGACCGGACCAGCCGAGGACCCAGCGCUUUUCUGUCACCGUCACAGAUGGAGCGACAGAGGAGCCAGGUCUCCCUUAAAGACCUGUGUCCUGAAGAUAAGAAGAGGAUCGCCAACCUGAUCCAGGAGCUGGCCAGGGUGAGUGAGGAGCAGGAGUUGUCGGCUCAGCGUUUCACAGAUGAACAGGGACAGUUUGAGCAGAAGAUCCUGGAGCUGGAGGAACAGAACCUGAUCAUCGCUGAAGAACGAGAGAGUCUUCAGCAGCAGUACAGAGAGUGUCAGGAACUUCUGGAACUCUACCAGGUCUACCUCAAAGACCAGCAGCACCGACUCGACUCACAGGUGAGAGCGCAGGAGGAGCAGGAGGCCUCACGCUGCAGCUCACACGUCUGCGCAGGUAACGCCUCAGUGUGUGACGGCUCGUACCUCGGCCUGGCUCCCCCUCCUGGACGCCGGGCGCAUUACCGUCCUCCUGCCCGUCCUGCACCCGUCCCCCUGCCACCGAACCACCACCAACACCCCCACCUCACCACGACGCACCAACCUGUCCACCAGAACCUCCAUCCCACCGCAGACCCGCCCCCUCAGCAGGUGCACGCUCCCCCGCCGCCCGUCGUCCCUGUGAGCUGUGAGAGCUGUGAGCGCCACCGCCCCAGACGCCACGACCCGGACCCGAGACCGGACCCGAGACCGGACCCGAGACCGGACCCGAGACCGGACCCGGGUCCAGACAGCGGAUAUGAGACGCAGCCACUGAACAACACCUGCAACAAGCACCAGAGGUCCACAGAAACCUGCUCCAGUCCAGGUCUGGGCUCUCAGGACUGGGACCAGAGGAAGAACCAGCUCCUGAUGCAGAAGAUCCAACUGGAGCAGGAGAGAGAGAGACUGCAGAGGAGACUGAGCGAGCAGGAGAAGAGGAGCAGGAAAGAGACUCCACAGACCAAUGGUUUUUCAGAGGCUGAGUUCAGUUCAGAACCAGAGACUAGACUCACACAGCCACAGGGGCCUCCAGCCUCCAGCAGGAGACUCAGACACACAGAGGAGAAGAAGAAGACAGAGACUCAUGUCCCAGAGACAGAACACAGCACAGGGGAGACCAGCUCCAGGAGAGACGUGGGCACCUCUCCAGGCCCCUCCUCCUCCGCCCGCCCAGAGCCCCGCCCACUCGCCAGUCCACAGACCAGACUGGACCUGUCUCUGUCCGAGUUACUGGAGAUCUUCAGCCCCGCGUGUCCCGGCGGCAAACAGAGCAGCGCCACACGCAGGCCGAAAGCUGCGCUGCGGCCUCCGCGCUCCUGUGGCCCCGCCCCCUCCAGGAGCCACGCCUCUCUGACCCCUCUGACCUCUGACCCCGACCUGGAGCUGGAGGAGAGCAGGAUCCUGGAGGACAUCUUCUUCAUCCUCUGAGCUCAGACAGGAUCACGGUUUUACACUUUUCUAAACUUUAGCUCCUUGAUUCUAAUAAAAGAUUUAAAAAA